AUGCGAGGAAGGAACAACGAAGAUUCUUUCCCUCGACGUCAAGUUGAUCUUUUCGAUCUCUUCGCCUUUCGACCCUUUUGGGUUUCGACCCCAUUCCUUUCGACAUUUGACUUUCCUUCGACAUUUCAAUACAUAUUUGUUCUUUAUCUUUCGACACCACCACGGUUCGCCACCACCCCGAUUUCCUCGACUCCGCUUCGGGAAAUAGGCUUCGGUCUUGUCGCCGCUUUUAUCUUGUCGAACCCUCGACCACCAUGGUUCUUUGUUUUGCGCCUUCGUCGCGCGUUUACGUCCUUUGAUCCUUUGGUGUUAGGCUUUGGUCUUGCACACCUUCGUCACCAUGGCCCUACAUCCUUUGAUCCCUCCGCCUCUGUGAACCUUGGCUUAUUCUUCCCUUUUACCUUUUGA